GUGUGAAUGUAUGCAUGGAAACCGACCUUCUGAUGUCUUGGGAUAGGCCGAAUGGGAGGUGAUGACGCAGCGCAGGACAGGCGCGAGGGGACAGUUGGGCCCAGCAUCAUCUACCCAGCCGUCAUUUGGAUGCAAAUCUCGAAGAGUCGAGGAGCUUCCUGACGUCAGGAAUUACAUUAGUAUCCUGCUUGCUCCUUGUCAACAGAGCCACACUAUGGACGGCUAGCAGCGCAGGACCUGCAGGUCGCCAAUCAUCUUGGAAACUUAUUGGACUGUACGAGCCUCGGGUUUCACGGAUUGUUUUACGCUUACAGAUUUAUAGCUUCAGUGUGACAAUGUCACCGUAAAGACAUCUUUAUUUGCUCUGUGAAGUUAUUGCACAUUUUGUGUUCCAUGUGUAUUUAGUCAUCAUGUAUGUGGGAUAUAUACUGGAUAAGGACAGCAACAUGUAUCACCAGGGUCCCGUGAGGAGAUCCAGUAUCAAUCUCCCUCCACAGAACUUUGUCACGACCCCGCAAUACCCAGACUUUUCGGGAUACCACCAUGUGCCCAACAUGGAGACGCACACACAGUCUGCGGGGAACUGGGGACCAUCGUAUGGCGCGCCGAGGGAGGACUGGGGCGCGUACAGCCUGGGACCACCUAACGCUGUUCCAGCGCCGUUGAACAACUCGUCCCCGGGACAGGUCUCUUACUGCUCGCCUGAGUACAGCCACAUGCACGCCCCGAGCUCAGCCGUGUUACAACCGCCACCAGAGAACAUUAACGAUGCGCAACUUUCACCCGAAAGGCGCAAUUCGUACCAAUGGAUGAGUAAAACUGUGCAAUCGUCUUCCACUGGUAAAACGCGAACCAAGGAAAAGUACAGGGUGGUGUAUACCGACCACCAGCGUCUGGAGCUGGAGAAGGAGUUUCACUUCAACAGGUACAUCACCAUCCGGAGGAAGGCAGAGCUCGCGGCCAACCUGGGCUUGUCGGAACGACAGGUGAAAAUCUGGUUUCAAAAUCGCCGGGCCAAAGAAAGGAAAUUAAUCAAGAAGAAAAUGGGCCAGUCGUACGGCAGCGGGGGGUCGGUGCACAGCGACCCCGGCUCCGUGAGCCCCCUGACCGUCGCCGGGGCCCUCAGCCCCACUGAGAUCCACGCCUCUCUUUAUCCACCACAGGGUAUGAACACCUUGCCACCCAUCAGGAAUAUACAGCAACAACAACAACAACAACAGAUACAACAACAGCAAAUACAACAGCAACAGCAACAACAACAACAACAACAACAGCAACAACAGCAAGUGAUUGUUACUCUGUAAACUCACUGCGGGACAACAUAAUAUUGUAUAACUGAGCACUCCGAUAUGCUGAAAGGACACUUGAGACCCAGGAGGAUUAUUCUGGGAUGCUGAAGAGAGAGAGAAGAUGAUGUAUAGAACGACUCGCUGGAGGCUCUUGAAAUAUUGUUUUUUAUAGAAUAGAUUUAAUAAUGGAGUAAAUAAUCGUUGUGUUCAAAUUUAGUUCUUAAAAAAAAUGUUUAUGUUAUUGAUAACAUGAAUACCACUUUGUAUGUUUAAAGCUUAUGUGUUUGUUUAUUAUAAUAAAAAAAAAAUACCUCAGG